AACGGUGACGUUCAGCCGGUGGGCGCUUUGUUGUCGGUCGCGGGUGGGUCGUUCUUAUCGCUGCCUAACGGACAAGUGCGUCGAGCCGAGUCGAUAGGACGCCGGUGCGCAGAGGAGGCUUCGUUCGACAGCACUUUCCGGCCCCCUUACAGUCGGUCACUGUGCGCAAAAACGUGCAUCUACCAAGAAGCAAGCUUCGGAAGCGCCGUUUCCACAACAGCCCACAACGAGACCCUGUGUGCGCGCACCGCUAGUGUCGGCUGGGAGCAGCGAUGCGUAGUACAACUCCGUGUUUGCUCGCGGCCUUGCUCGCCGCGCUCUGUUCGCCGGCUUGCGGCGCCGUACGCGACCUGUUAGGCCUGCUGGACGUGCCGACGCACGACGGCGUGAUUCGCGUGUGCCGACUGGAGACCAGCCAGGCCCUGGUUCAGGCCGCGGCCGAGACCAGCGGCACCACGCUCGUGGUUCGCGUCUCCAGCGACGCCGGGGCGAGGAAGCAGCCGUGUGGAGCCGAGGACGCCUUCGAGACUGCCGCCCAGCUGUUGGAAGGAGACAAUGUUAAGUUCUGUGAUGUUCCCGAAUCCAUCGUCAGGGAGACCGUCCCCACGACAACUGUGGGCAGCUGGUUCCUCUUCCGCCAGGGCAGGGCGGUUCCUUACACUGGCAGAAGAACGUCGUCCUCUCUGCUUUCCUGGGUUCAAAAGGCAUCCCGGCCCAGCAUAUCUGUGAUCACGGGCAAAGUGGACAAGACAGCCUUUGAUCAAGUGCAUGAACUCAAGGUGGUUGGCUUCUUUGUUAAUGGCGCCGCAGAUUACAAGCUAUUUGAGGAAGCUUCCAUUACCGAAGGUCACCAUGCUCGAUUUUAUGUGGUCUUCGACAGAAACGUUGCCAAGCAUAUGAAGUUGGACACGGUUGGACAGAUUGCUCUGUACAGUCCGUUUGUCAAGCAGCCGGUCACCUGCCCACAGAAUCCGGCAAGCUUGCAAGAUAUCCGUGCGUUCAUACGUCAGCACAAGCACGUCGUCAUGACUAAGGUUGACGAACACAAUCUGCACGACCCUGAGCUGGUAGAUCCGAGCCGUGUGACUGUGCUCGCCGUAGCCGACCAGGCUUCACCACUGGGUGGCUACUUCCUGCGGCUUCUGCAUCGCACCCUGCGCAACGUCACCAACACCACUGCUUCGGCCGGCACCGUCCCGCACUUCAACCUUCUCUGGGUGGACCCGUCUGUUAUGCCGACGGCUCACACGAUGCUGAAGCGAAUUGGCCAAACUGGACCUGAGCCUCACCUCGUCACGGAUCAAGGCGAGUGGUUCGACAUGUCGACUUUGAACGCUACCGGAGGCCGCGGGUCUGACGAGGAGAACGUGCACAAGCUUCUAGUUUGGUUUGCCUCUUUGACGGCGCCAGGAGCGGCAUCCGUAGCUGGUGGAACCGGAGAAUCAGGCACAUGGCGGUUCAGCGAGCUUCCUGCUUCGCAAGUCGGCCCCGAAGGAGGAACUGUCGAGCUGCGCUGCACCGUGCUGGACCCGGCGGCCGGCGACUGCCUGUGGCUGCGCGACGGCCGCAACGUGGGCGCCAGCCUGGCCCGACUGCCGCACCUGUCGUGGGCCGGCGCCGGUCGUGACGGUGACUGCAGCCUCGUGGUGCGUGGCCUGACCCGGGGCCGCGACGACGGCUCCUGGGUGUGCCAGGUUACCGGGGACGCCUUGCACCCGACGCUCACGUCGCCACCCGCCGUGCUAGUCAUCUCUUCCGGUGCCACAACUGCGAAAACAGAGCUGUAGUCCUGGCUUGCGGAUAUUUCAAGUGGACCGUUCACUGUUAGAGAUUCUGUUUUCAAGCAUAAUUUAUUACAUGUGUGCGCACUGCUGCGUUUAUACUGUAUAUGAAUAAACUUUUUAUAUAUUUUGAUA